AUGACUUUGGUUAAGAAAAGUAUUAGGGAUGACUUAAAGCAGGUGUUUAGUCAAAUGUCACUUUUUGAUAAACUUCUACCUCUCCUUAUUAUUCUUGCCAUGAUUAUUGGAAUCCUCUUAUCCGUCUAUGUUCCAAAGGCUAAGGAUGCGUUUAGCGCAAAAGGUUCACAAAAUAAGCUAACCGAUGUUUCUAUCCCUUUGCUUAUAGGGUUGAUCGUGAUGAUGAUUCCACCACUUUGUCAAAUUCAGUAUGAGAAAUUACUCAGGACUAGUAAUUACAGGACGUUGGCAUCGCACAGGUAUAUCAAUGACAUUGUUAUAUCAUUAGUGAUAAACUGGAUUGUGGGUCCUUUGGUCAUGUUUGGGCUUGCGUGGGCUGUGUUAUUCAAUGAGCCCGAGUACCGUACUGGUGUGAUUAUGAUUGGUAUGGCUCGAUGUAUUGCUAUGGUUGUGUUGUGGAAUCAACUUGCUUUGGGGUCCAAUGAAUUAUGUGCUCUUUUGGUGAUUAUCAAUAGUGUAUUGCAGAUUGUGUUGUAUGCUCCUUAUCAGGUGUUUUUCUGUUAUGUAAUCACGGGAGAGAAACUUGAUACUAAUGGGAAUGUAGUAUCUAUGUCGAAAUUGUUUUUGUUGGUGUUGAAAAACAUUGGGGUGUUUUUGGGUAUCCCGUUGGCAGCGGCAAUAAUGAUACGAAUGAUUGGUUUGUGGGCAUUGGGAAAGGAGAGAUAUAGCAAAAAAUUUAUGCCGUGGAUUAGUCCCUGGGCAUUGAUUGGAUUGAUCUAUACCAUCAUUGUUAUCUUUAUCUCCAAAGGUGACUCGUUUGUCCACGAAAUCCACGUAAGUCUCAAGUGCAUUAUCCCACUAUGCAUAUACUUUAUUAUAAUGUGGUUUGGAACAUUUUAUGCGUUGAGAUAUUUCACUUCUUAUACUGGAUUGCAUCGCUAUUUAAAACUUAAGCAACGCGCAAGUGGAGAUGAACUAGGAAGUGAACAAGGAAAUGAACAAGGAAAUGAACAUGGAAACGAAGAAGAUUAUUCAGACAAUGAUGCUGAAUCUACGCGUCUCUUGUGUGGAUGCGAAGAGAAACUUACUGCAGAGCAGGUAUCUACUCAUAAAAUCAAAAGAAGGUUGCAUUGCAAUGCCAAUUAUUCGAGAACUAUAACGCAUGCGUUUACUUCGGGCUCUAACAACUUUGAGUUGAGUUUGGCUAUGGCGAUUGCAAUAUAUGGAGAAGGCAGCCAGCAGGCUAUUGCUGCAGUGUUUGGACCAUUGAUCGAGGUACCUGUGCUAUUGUUGUUGACGUUUGUUGCUAGGUAUUUUCGUGUGGCAUAUAUUUGGGAAGAUGUUGACAAUAAAAGGGAGAAAGAGGAGGCGAGAGAUGUAGUAGAGACUGAAUGUCAAUAG